AAUUGGACAUAUCGGAUCGGAUAUUGAACCCGAAUAGAAUAGAAGAAGAGAGUAUAGAAGAGUUGAUCCGAAAUUUCGAUACCAAAGCGAAACAGCAACACCGCCAUCAACCACCUGCAACCUCUCUUAACGCACCGCCGCCAUGGCUGAUGAGGAACCUGUUGAUCAGAAGAGAUUUCUUGAAGAGUCUUGCAAACCAAAAUGUGUCAGACCGUUGCUUGAAUAUCAGGCAUGCAUAAAAAGGAUCGAUGGUGAUGAUUCCGGGCAGAAACACUGCACUGGACAGUACUUUGAUUAUUGGUAUUGUGUUGACAAAUGCGUUGCACCAAAGCUAUUCACUCAACUGAAGUAAUAGGGGAGAAUUUUUUGGUUUCAUAACGUUGUUCUGUUUUUGUCUUCAUUCCCAAAUAACUGCCCCUAAACAUGUGGUUUUGUAACCAAAACUCAUGCGCUGCGUGGUUAUUAUUUUUCUUAUUGGGAGAUUUUGAUCCCAUGGAGACCUUGGAUGAUAAUCAAUAAUAAUACAAUUAUGCCAAUUUUUAAUUAA